GUACAAAGAAAGAAAAAAGGAUUAUUUGAAAUAAGCAGCCAUGAUUUCUUUCAUUUUUUUAUGCAGGAAUGAAGUCGAGAUAUGAAUGCGUUCAGUAAAUUGCGGCACAAAUUGUGUGAUUCCGCCCUGCAGCACUGAUUAAUCCGGCGUUUGAUUUAUGUCACCGUGGUGUUUAAUAACUUUUGCAAGAUAUAUGAGCAUAAUGUGUUGUCGAAGGCUUUUGCAAGAUGCAUUAGCAUAAUAUUUUCAUUUUAAAAAGAAGGAGCAUACCACUAUGAUUUCUCUAGUUCAAGGGUGGGGUGGGGAGGAAUUCUGUGGCAUUCACUGAAGGCUUAAAGCUGGCAUAACUAACGAUUAACAAGCUGGCUAUUUCAUCUUCUCUUGUCACCUCUUUUCCUCUUUCUGAGGAAAACAGCCCUGACAUGGUUAUUAAAUCUGGCAGCUGUGUGGUGCAUGUAGAGAAGGGCAUGUAGAAAACGAGAGGCUUUCAGAUAACAGCCUCCUUUCUGCAGGUCCUUGGCUUGAAAGGAGGUUCAAAGGGCUCUUUCUCUCCAUUGUAAGUUGCUAAUGUCUGGAUCAGUGCACAGGUCUUACGAAUCGUUGCAAACACCAGCGUGCAGGGUAAAAAGGAACAGGACCCACAUGUCAGUGGUCUAGGAUGGCCAGUGAAGGCUCCAACAUCCCAAGUCCUGUGGUGCGUCAGAUUGACAAACAGUUUCUGAUCUGCAGCAUAUGCCUGGACCGCUACAAGAACCCCAAAGUACUCCCCUGUCUGCACACUUUCUGUGAGAGGUGCCUACAGAAUUACAUUCCAGCCCACAGCUUAACCCUUUCUUGCCCAGUGUGCCGCCAGACAUCCAUUCUACCAGAGAAAGGGGUUUCUGCACUUCAGAACAAUUUCUUCAUUACCAACCUGAUGGAUGUCCUGCAGCGAACUCCAGAAAAUAGCAUUGAGGAGUCUUCCAUCUUGGAGACUGUCACAGCUGUUGCUGCAGGGAAACCACUUUCCUGCCCCAAUCAUGAAGGAAAUUUGAUGGAAUUUUACUGUCAGUCUUGUGAGACAGCCAUGUGCCGGGAAUGUACAGAAGGAGAGCAUGCGGAGCAUCCCACAGUGCCUCUCAAGGAUGUUGUUGAACAACACAAGGGUUCUCUUCAAGCACAAUUAGAUGCUGUCAAUAAAAGACUUCCAGAGAUAGAUACUGCACUUCAUUUCAUAUCUGAAAUUAUACAUCAGCUGACCAACCAAAAGACCAACAUCGUUGAUGAAAUUCAUUCCACUUUUGAUGAACUCCAGAAAACUUUAAAUGUUCGCAAGAGUGUACUACUUAUGGAACUGGAAGUCAAUUAUGGCCUUAAACAUAAAGUUUUGCAGAAUCAACUUGAUACCCUCUUGGAAGGACAGGAAAACAUUAAGAGUUGUAGCAACUUUACAGCCCAAGCACUCAAUCAUGGAACAGAAACAGAAGUCUUGCUUGUCAAGAAGCAAAUGAGCGACAAGCUGAACGAUCUGGCUGACAGAGAUUUCCCACUGCAGCCCCGCGAAAAUGAUCAGCUGGACUUCAUAGUGGAAACAGAUGGGCUGAAGAAGUCCAUUCAUAACCUUGGCACUAUUUUAACCACAAAUGCUGUUGCUUCUGAAACAGUGGCCACAGGCGAAGGGCUGAAGCAGACGGUGAUAGGACAGCCUAUGUCAGUCACCAUCACUACUAAGGACAAGGAUGGUGAGCUCUGCAAAUCUGGGAACGCUUACCUGACUGCUGAGCUGAGUACCCCUGAUGGGAGUGUAGCCGAUGGAGAAAUACUUGACAACAAAAAUGGCACUUACGAAUUUCUGUAUACUGUCCAGAAAGAAGGGGAUUUUACUCUUUCACUGAGACUCUAUGAUCAGCAUAUUAGGGGCAGCCCAUUCAAACUCAAGUUAAUCAGAUCAGCGGAUGUGUCCCCGACCACUGAAGGAGUUAAAAGGCGUGUGAAGUCUCCUGGUAGUGGCCAUGUAAAGCAGAAGGCGGUAAAAAGACCGGCUAGUAUGUACAGCACUGGCAAAAGGAAAGAGAACCCCAUUGAAGAUGAUUUGAUCUUCAGAGUAGGUACCAAAGGGAGAAACAAAGGAGAGUUUACAAAUCUUCAGGGAGUAGCUGCAUCUACAAAUGGAAAAAUAUUAAUAGCAGAUAGCAAUAAUCAGUGUGUACAGGUGUUUUCCACUGAUGGCCAGUUCAAGAGCCGUUUUGGUAUUCGGGGAAGGUCUCCCGGUCAGUUGCAGCGGCCUACAGGAGUGGCUGUGCAUCCUUGUGGGGACAUCAUUAUUGCCGACUAUGAUAAUAAAUGGGUUAGCAUAUUCUCCUCUGAUGGAAAAUUUAAGACAAAAAUUGGGUCCGGAAAACUUAUGGGACCAAAAGGUGUUUCUGUGGAUCGAAAUGGGCACAUCAUUGUUGUGGACAACAAAGCAUGUUGUGUGUUCAUCUUCCAGCCUAAUGGAAAAAUAGUAACCAGGUUUGGAAGCCGAGGCAACGGAGACAAACAGUUUGCAGGUCCCCAUUUUGCAGCUGUCAACCACAAUAAUGAAAUUAUUAUUACUGAUUUCCACAAUCAUUCUGUCAAGGUGUUUAACCAGGAAGGUGAAUUCAUGUUGAAGUUUGGAUCUAAUGGAGAAGGAAAUGGGCAGUUCAAUGCUCCAACAGGAGUAGCUGUGGAUUCUAAUGGAAAUAUUAUUGUAGCAGACUGGGGAAACAGCAGAAUACAGGUUUUUGAUGGAAGUGGAUCCUUUUUAUCCUAUAUAAAUACAUCUGCUGAUCCACUUUAUGGUCCUCAAGGUUUGGCCUUGACAUCAGAUGGUCAUGUGGUAGUUGCAGACUCCGGCAAUCACUGCUUCAAAGUCUAUCGAUAUUUACAGUAACAACUGGAACAGGAUCUCACUCAAGAUGUUUAUAGCUUCAGAAAUCCAAGAUAGAUCCCUUUGUGUCGGAUGUCCUUAAAUACUUCAAUUUUAAUGCUGAAGGAGGCUUCAAAUGUUCCCCUAAACCUACAUUGUUUACAUAGGAUUUGCACCUCAUAUGUUCUGCACUGAACGUGUCCUAGGGGAUUAAUACAUAAGACCCUGUUUUUUCUCCCUCCCCUUCCCCAAAUUCACAAAGACACUAGACAUAUGAACUGUGGCUUGUAGAUCAGGCAUUUCUAAAAUUGACUAAUUUUUGUGAAGGAGGGGAAGAACAUAAAAAGUUACUUGUUAUUAAAAGGUGUAUACAAUAUGUGAAUGGAAGUGCUGGUUUAAAGCAUCCAUGUUUGGAAGUCGCUCGUGUUAAGGACUAUUUGCCCAGCAGGAAGUCUGGGAACCUUUUAGAUCACAUUGUUAUAGCUAAGUAUUACACUUGUAAGAUUCUUCAGUCUUAGUUAAUGUAAUAAAUAGUUUCUUUUAAUAAUAAGGAGAUAUGGUUAACUCUUCUUGUACUAGCUGUUAGAUCUAACACAGCUCGAUUUCGAACACUACAAGAAUCAAUGCAAACUCCCUGUCCUAUGUGAGAUUUGAUGUACAUGGUUAUCAACCUCCCUGUUGCUCACAUUGUGUUAGGAUUUUCCAGAGCCCCAAACUUGUAAAAAUAUGGAAGUACACUCUCUAUAUAGAUGGGUUACUGUUGAUACCUUAUAGAACCAAAUCCCUAUUGACAUCACUGGUUAGAGAAUUACGUGUCUUACAUCAGCUUAGCAAACUUCACAGCUAACAUUCAUGCUUCACAUCUGCUCUUGCUGUGAUUCUGAAAACAACCCCCUUUACUUCAGUUAUACAUUUUCAUACAAUAUGUAAGCCAGGUAGAGGAUCUACUUUACAUAACCAAAGGAAAUUUCGCAGUUGACAUAUCUAAUCUGGGAUGGAAAAUAGUAAUCUGAGGGUUAGCAAAGCAGGUCUUUUAAAAAAAUCUAUUGAGCAUAACAAAAUUAAUACAUUGGAGAACAAGUCUUAAAAAUCAUCAUUUGCAACAAAAAAUUAUAAUUUGUCUUAACACAUGUAUGUGUUUGAGUACAAUGAAUAAGGAAUGAAAAUGUAGGUGAUUGGAACAACCAAGAACAUUCAUAACCCAUUUGUAUUGAAGGGCAUUUUGAAAAAGUAUCUUUCCCCCACCACCUUCCCAUAUACAAGCCUUGUAAAUUAUUAGAGUCACAUCUGUGCUCACCCAACAUGUUUACUUUUUUGUUUUAACUUAUUUGCAACAUUUAUCAUAUUUUUAAAUUUCUUUUUAGAUUAAGUGACUUCUGAUAGCAAGCAGUUGGAGGCCACGUACUAUUAUCUCCAGCCUUAUACAAGUUGUCAGUGAAUAGUGUGGCUUCUGUAUCCAAACUAAUCUUUUUUUCUGACUGAUAUUUUAAUAGCUGCCAUCCUACACUUUUAGGGUUGGUAGAGACCAUUAUCUUGCUUAAAAUGUUUCAGUAAUGAGUCCGGUGAAAAUAUGUACAAAAACACAUACAUACCAUUUACCUAGCUAGUCCUUAACAACACUAGCUAGAAAACUGGGAUGUCACAUUCAGCCGAGACAUAUAGAUGAUCAGUGUUUAAGGCUUUACUCCCUUCUCUUUAAGGAUAAUAGAAUAAUUCCACUUGUUGCUAUAAAAUAAUCCUUUUACAAUCGGUAAUGCCAAGAAUCAAGUUUUAUGGUUCUUGGAUAAACAAAGAAGUGUCUUUUGGCAAAAGAUACCAGAUACUAUUAGUCUUGGGUACUGAGCCUUUUUGAAAGCUAUUUAAAUUAUCUGGGAAAAGGGAUAUCCUAUUUAUGAUUUAAUGUGUAUUUAUUAACCAUGUAAACAAAACAAAAACAAAAAAGAAACCUUAAGCUGUCUUGUCAUUUUUAUUGAGCUUCUACUGUAAAGGAACUCACAAACUUGUUAAGUGUGUUAUUACGAUAGACUUGAUUCAAGGCUCACUGUCACACCAAUUUGGCUUAAAGGUUUGACACUUUUGUAAAGAAGUUCUGGUAACAAAAAGAAAUGUUAACUUGAUUUAAAAGAGGGGCUGGGGAUACUGAGCCAAAUUAUCUUAAACAGUGGCACUACAAACGUUUCUCACUUUUAGUGAAAAAUGGUGCUCUGUUGUGCCCCUGCUCCUUUUAAUGGAUCUUUUGCAGAAGAAGGAAUUAUGGAAUUUUAUAAGGGUAGCACCAAAAGUUAAACGUGGAGAUCAUUUCAUGCAUGCAGACAUGUCCAUGCAUUUCUUACAAUGUAAUCAUUUCUUAAUUCUUCUAGUAAAUAAUACCUAAGAAUUGCUGUAUGUAAUGCUACCUUUCCCGAAGAUUUGAAUUUCUGCUUCUUUCCUUUCCAACAAAGCGAACACAUAUUAAGGGUGGCCUCUGUACCUUCUUAGAUCCUGGUUCUCCCUUGAUGAAUUGUUAGGAUUUUGUAGAAUACAUUGGCAAUGCACACUAUUAUUCAUCAGCUAGACACCGAGCAAAAAUAGUUUGCUGCAGUAGUAAUCAUUUGAAAAUCAGCUAGCAAUAAUUUUGCUUCCAGGUUUUCAGAUCUUCUCUCCUAAAGACAGCUAGUUUUGCCGCACACGCAGUUAAUGUUUGAAGCUCUCAGAAACAACCACAAUUGCAGAAGUGUGAUGUUCAAAAGAAAAUAUAAUUUUUAAAUCGGAUAAAUAUUUACCAGAAUUAAUGUCUGAGGUAGGAAUAAGCAAAGUAUGAAUCUUUAAAUGUUGGGCUGUAGCUCUCAUACAUCAUGAUUGGUUAUGCUGGCUAAAGCUGAGCCCAACGACAACUGGAAGUUGUAGUGCAGCAACAUCUGGAAAGACAUACUUUGCUCACCUCUGAUCUAAAGGCAUAUGGAGGUUAGACCCCCAAGCUUGUUGUUGUACUAGCUCAACAAUUGCAAUUUGGGAUUUAUCUACACUGCAGUUAUAAACUGGAUCAAGACUCCUAGCUUGGCCCAAACUUCCUUGGCAAUUCUGGUCUAGGGUUGUGGUAUAGCUCUCCUUCGAUGUCAAGUGGUGCUUAAAUGAACAGUAAUGAGCCGUAACAUGUUCUGAGCAGUGCGAGUACACCUGUGUUUAUUUGAAGGAAAGUAAAAAAUACUGUCAAUUCAUUUUUGGAUAAACUCAAACUGUAUAUUGAAAGGUUUUUUUAACUGUAAAAAAAGAAAAAAAUGUUAAAUACUAAUGGAGUUUUUACACUAAUUUAAAGUUUCAGCAAUGUAAUGAGAAAAUAUUGUCUAUUGUUGUUGACCUUUGUAAACAUUACAGGGCUUUCAACUUUACAGCUAGUUUUUCUUUGAUGACUAAGGAUCUAGUGUUGCCAUAAUGAAAAACAAGUGCCCAUUAAGUUAUGCUUGUUGUGUGAGGAAAUAAUUCUUUUUUAAAAAUAAUAAUAAUAUGGCUGACAGCAUGGAACAAAAGUGUUAAUGUCUGCUGAAAACGGUGUUGAUGAUCAACUGUGAGCAGUGAAUCUAAGGGUCUGUGUUUUGAAGAAUGUAUGGAAGAUGUUUGUGGUGUAGUGUAGGAUGAUGCCAGAGUGGUGAUAGUUUCUGAUGAAUGUACAACACUUUACAUGGAUGUCCGUGCGCAACACAGCCUUAACCCCAAUGGUUUGCUUCCCCCCGGUCCCUGCUUUAUGACAUGAGAAUGUUCCAUAAUGUGCAUCGUGUAUUGUAAUAUCUCUGUGCUAGAAACUGAAUUGUUUCAUAUGUCGUACUCUUCCAGUCUUUGGAUUUUGUUUUUGUUUUGUACAUUCCAGCUUUAUAAGUCAGUUUCAUAUGUUUUGUGUAAACAAUGCUAUAAAGUCUUGCACUCUCUAAAAAUGAUACCGACUUAUCGUAGUCAUUUUUUUCUUUCUUUCUUUCUCACCAACAGCUACAUUCCCUUCUCUCUAUUGAGAAGAAAUUGAAUUCUGUCUAGUUAAGGCUGAGGAUGAAAGCUGUUCAUUGAAGAGUGUUCGUGUGUAGGUUUAGCUACAUGUGUGCCACGGUGUUCUUUACGCUUUGUCCUACAAAGAAAGCUUAAAAAAACCUUACCUUGUGUUGGAACAAUAGGAAAGUCCAGACUCAAAUAUGUAUCUUUUAUCAUUCACAACCCUGCAAAAUAAAAAUAAAUGAAUGAA